GAUAAAAUAAAAAAAGAGCAAGUAAAAAAUCACUUAGAAAAGUUAGAUGCCUGCAAGUCACCAGGGCCUGAUGAAAUGCAUCCUAGAAUACUCAAGGAGUUAAUAGAGGAGGUAUCUGAGCCUCUAGCUAUUAUCUUUGGGAAAUCAUAGGAGACGGGGGAGAUUCCAGAAGACUGGAAGGGGGCAAAUAUAGUGCCCAUCUAUAAAAAGGGAAAUAAAAACAACCCAGGAAACUACAGAUCAGUUAGUUUAACUUCUGUGCCAGGGAAGAUAAUGGAACAGGUAAUCAAAGAAAUCAUCUGCAAACACUUGGAAGGUGGUAAGGUGAUAGGGAAUAGCCAGCAUGGAUUUGUAAAGAACAAAUUGUGUCAAACUAAUCUGAUAGCGUUCUUUGAUAGGAUAAUGAGCCUUGUGGAUAAGGGAGAAGCGGUGGAUGUGAUAUACCUAGACUUUAGUAAGGCAUUUGAUACAGUCUCGCAUGAUAUUCUUAUAGAUAAGCUAGGAAAGUACAAUUUAGAUGGGGCUACUAUAAGGUGGGUGCAUAACUGGCUGGAUAACCGUACUCAGAGAGUAGUUAUUAAUGGCUCCCAAUCCUGCUGGAAAGGUAUAACAAGUGGGGUUCUGCAGGGGUCUGUUUUGGGACCGGUUCUGUUCAAUAUCUUCAUCAACGAUUUAGAUGUUGGCAUAGAAAGUACGCUUAUUAAGUUUGCGGACGAUACCAAACUGGGAGGGAUUGCAACUGCUUUGGAGGACAGGGUCAAAAUUCAAAAUGAUCUGGACAAAUUGGAGAAAUGGUCUGAGGUAAACAGGAUGAAGUUCAAUAAAGAUAAAUGCAAAGUGCUCCACCUAGGAAGGAACAAUCAGUUUCACACAUACAGAAUGGGAAGAGACUGUCUAGGAAGGAGUAUGGCAGAAAGAGAUCUAGGGGUCAUAGUGGACCACAAGCUUAAUAUGAGUCAACAGUGUGAUACUGUUGCAAAAAAAGCAAACGUGAUUCUGGGAUGCAUUAACAGGUGUGUUGUAAACAAGACACGAGAAGUCAUUCUUCCGCUUUACUCUGCACUGGUUAGGCCUCAACUGGAGUACUGUGUCCAGUUCUGGGCACCGCAUUUCAAGAAAGAUGUGGAGAAAUUGGAGAGGGUCCAGAGAAGAGCAACAAGAAUGAUUAAAGGUCUAGAGAACAUGACCUAUGAAGGAAGGCUGAAGGAAUUGGGUUUGUUUAGUUUGGAAAAGAGAAGACUGAGAGGGGACAUGAUAGCAGUUUUCAGGUAUCUAAAAGGGUGUCAUCAGGAGGAGGGAGAAAACUUGUUCACCUUAGCCUCCAAUGAUAGAACAAGAAGCAAUGGGCUUAAACUGCAGCAGGGGAGAUUUAGAUUGGACAUUAGGAAAAAGUUCCUAACUGUCAGGGUGGUUAAACACUGGAAUAGAUUGCCUAGGGAAGUUGUGGAAUCUCCAUCUCUGGAGAUAUUUAAGAGUAGGUUAGAUAAAUGUCUAUUAGGGAUGGUCUAGACAGUAUUUGGCCCUGCCAUGAGGGCAGGGGACUGGACUCGAUGACCUCUCGAGGUCCCUUCCAGUCCUAGAGUCUAUGAUUCUAUGAUUCUAUGAUUC